CCAAAAUGUCACAAAUUGGCGCAGUUCUUGAUAUCUGCAAGUUUAGUGGUCCAGACCACUCUCAAAUGGAAGUGGAUAAGGACCUAGAAUCCUUAUUUGAAAGUGUACAGCAGGAUGUGGAAGAACUCCAGCCCCUUGGGAUAAUCUCCUUCAUUAGUGACUCAAGGGACCAGAAUUGUGUGCUGAUCCGUAACCUUUUUGAAGAAGUCAUGUUUGACAUUGAACCUUCAGAGUCUGCAGUCCAGAUCUUCACCUCUCCUGUAGAUGUAGAGGAUAGCAAUGGAGUCAAUAUCAAAGCAUUCAUUAUUAGCUGAGUUGUUAACGAUGAAGAAAGUGAUCUAAAUAACACGAUCAUAGCAUUUCUGACCAUGAUUAGCAGCUAUAUGGUGCUUAAUUUUAGAGAGAAUACUACACAAAGCUUAAAACAACAGCUGGUGAAUAUAAGCGAUCUGGUAUUCUCCCUACAAGAGAAUGCAGGGUUUGAGAGCGAGCAAGGCCUAGUUGAAACCUUGCCAAACCUCUUGGUGAUUAAUCAAGAUGAAAACCAAGCUAAUUCAUGGGACACUUUCCAAACUUCAGUCCAAGCUUUGUUGGCUCCAGAGGGGUCUGAGAAAAUAGAUCAUUUAGAGCUAAUUGCUGAGAAAGAUAUUCUACAUUGAUCAGAUUUAGACUCUAUUACACCUUUCUCGGAAGAUGUUCAGAAUAUCAGAACCAAGCUGUGUUCAUCAACCAGACCGAUUAGACUAGGAGGGUACUGAGUUAAUUGGAGGAUGCUUUUUGUAGAAAUAGAGAUUAUCUGUCAAGCCCUUAACUCUUCCUCCAUCCCUAACUUCCAUGAUAUGUUCUUGGAUUUAAUCAACAAAGAGGUCAAUGCUAACAUCGAAGAGGCAAAGCAUGUCUUUCAGAUAGAGUUUAGUGACAACUUAAUAGAAGGCAUGGAGGAAACUCAGAUUGACAAAUUAUAUCAGACCACUGCUGGAAUGGUUAUGAAACAUUUCAGAGCCAACCUUGAUCCAUAUCUCAACGUUGGCGAAGAGAUCGACCAGCUGUUUAAUGACUUCAUGGGCACUUAUAAUCAAGCAAAGGCAAAUGCUCGUAAGUUUCAGGACAAUCUUGACUACUCUCAAUCCUGUGAUGGCUCUCAGACCUUCGAGAGUCUCUCUGAAGAACAAAAGGGUGAAUCCAAGCCUGAAGAGGAUGAAUUUAAUGUGAAUCUACUUAACAGUGAGUUAGACCAGCCAGGAGUAAGAACGAAUAGAUCUGAUCAGAGGUCAUCCUCAAUGAACAUUGAGAAAUCGUUCCACUCAAGCUCGAACUUUGAUGUUUUUGCAACCGUUGAGAAACUCAAGCAGGAGUUAGCAGAUAAAGAUACAAAGAUGAAGGAGUUAGAGCUGAAAGCUCUAACCUCACCCAGAGCUUUGCCCUCUAUCUCCUCCCCUUUACUGUCUCCUGGAAACAAAGAGACCAAAAUUUUGAGGCAGAAGAUCACGGAGCUCGAGAACGACUUGAACAAGAAAGUCGAGCUCUUUAGAGGUGAAAUCAAAUACUGGGAGGAUAAAGCCUCUAACGAGAAGAUCUCUGUUAGCCAAAUUAAGGAUGAACUACACAGAGAGAAGGAGAAUACACAGAGGCUACUCCAGGAGAAGGAAAGAAAACAUAAGACAUACCGUAUCGAGACCCAGAACAAACUUGACGAAGCACGUGAGAAGUGUUCCGACCUUGAGUACCAACUUGUUCGGAAGACUAGAGAAGUCGAGAAAGAAGUAAUUCUCAGGAGCAAUAAUGAGAAAGAAUCGACAGAACAACUUAAGAAGAAGAAUGAGUUGAUCCUUGAACUUGAGGAUAACAACAGAAAAAUCAAAGCACAACUAGAGAUCUACAAGACUUCAUCCUUAGACAAGCUCAGCCAAGAUCAGGCUAAAAAUGAGCUGUCUGAUCGUGUCCUGGAACUCGAGUCGGAACUCAAGAAGUGAAAGAGGGAAAGUGAACAGAAACUUAGUAACGUUAGCAAGGAGCGCGCUCUAAUAGAACAGAAGGUGAAGUUCCUCGUACAAGAGAAGGAAGAAGCCUUGAACAAGCUCAAGAACAGGAAUAUUAGUGAGGAGAAGAUCAUUAAUAUGAUCGAAAAUCGGUACAAGAACGAGCAAGAAGAGAUCAAGAAGGAGUUCACAGAAGCUAUGGAAGCCAAAAAUAAGGAAAUCGAACAAAUCAGGGAAAACUUCGAUGAACUCAAAGAGCAUUUGGAAGAAGAGGUGCAUAAGAAUCAUACAAAUAGUGAAGAAGUCGUCCAAGAGUAUACUUCACGUGUCGAACAGUACGAAAAAGAAAUAGAAUCAAAAGAGCUUAAACUAAGAGAGUUAACUAACCAGCUAUCCAGUACUAAGACAGCUCUUGAACAAGAGAACGCUAAGAUCAGGAAGGACUCAGAGUCCAUGAUCCAGGCUCUCCAGUCUAAGCUUCACCAACUGGAGGCAGAGCUGGCUAAUGUAGGUAAGAUGAGGAAGACCGAUGCCUUCAGGCAAAAUAAUGAGACUGAGGAAAAGAUCAAACAGAUCAAGGAUGUAUACGAAAAUGAGAAGAAAAAGUUCCAGAAUACCCUGAAGUCUAUUAGAAAAGAGAAUGAAGAUGAGAUUAAGUCCAUCCAGGAGGAAUAUGAGGACAAGAUCUCCCAGAGCUCAGCUCAGCACGAGGAAGAGAUUGGAUUCCUUCAAAGACAGAAUCAUCAGAUUAGGGAUGAGUGGAAGAAGGCAGUCGAGCAACUCGAAAGCCAGUUGAAGGCCAGUAGCUCUGAGAAGAAGAAACUUCAGGAGAAAGUUGAUGAGCUCGUGAAGGAAAGUACAAAAAAGGAGAAGGAAAUAACCACUUUGGAGUGCCAAAACCAAUCCUUAGAGAGCCAUAUUAGGGAACGAGAUGAGAUCAUCGAGAUUUACAAUCAAAACCAGGCUGAACAGGAGGAAUCAUUGGAACAAAAACGUGAACAAGAGGUCCAGCUCCGUGAUUUAUCCACCCAAAAAGACCUUCUUGAGGAAAAAGUCAAGGAUUUGGAGCAGAAUCUGUUCGAAAUCACUGAGGAAAAUCAGGAGAGGGUAAACGACCUUAAGACUAAGGUCAAAAACUUGAAGCUUCAGAUGAUCAGGGAUAACAAGAGGGAUCGGGACACUGAAAACCGCCACAAUUUCGGGUACAUCUCCCCUGAGGACAAGAUUGGAGACUUCAUAUUCAUCAGGAUUAGGUCUAUCAAGACCAUCACUCCUCUGUCUGCCAAUACUGAAAGGAACGAGAUCCUUAGGAAAUUCAUGGAGUAUGACAGCUACGAAAUCGAAGUUGUUGAUGAUAGCAAUGAGAGCCAGUACGAGAUCCAUAGAACAGCUCAUGAAAUCCUUGGCUUGUUCAAGAGACUCAAGCAGUCCUUCGAGGGGAGUACCAAGCUAAGUACUGAUUAUAAGUUUCCGGACAACCUAAAAGAGGUCCUGUUUGACAAGAAGUACUGCCAGAAUGAUAUGAGAAAAGUCUCCUUGCAGCAUUACAUCAAUGAUGUAUGCAAGCAAGACCCAUUUAAGAAGAGCCAGGAACUGGCUGCCUUUUUGGAAAUCGCCCGGUUCAAGACCAGCAAACAGUAUGAAGAUGUACUGAGAGAAGUGACUAAUCUUGAACUUGAUUCUGAAAGUGAUCUGGAUUAG